AUGACCAUGAAAGGUUUUCGCCAGAGAGUGACCGACAAGCUGCGCGCCCACGACUCCAACAAGUCAUCAAAGAAAAAGGACCAGUCGGGUACCUCUUCACCGUCGCAGGCCAACUCGGGCACUCACUCCCCUGCCGGCUCCGCGCACGCUACGCCUACCUCCUCGCAGACCCAACUCCCUAUCAACAAGCCGCUCCCGUCGAAUGACAAUUCCGCCGCACCUGCUGGCCUCGGCGGCCCUGCGCAGUCAUCUCAGCCUGGUGUGCCCAAUUCGCUUGCGCCUGGAGUACAAUACAUGAGUGGUCAGCCUCACAUGGCUCAGGGAGCAGGCAACGGUAUGCCUGGCGCGGCGCCAGGGACGCCGAACCGCGGAGGCCAGCAUCUGGCACCGAGUGUUGUCAUCAGCCCCAGCGCACCUCACGUACCCCCUCCCGGAGCCGCCGAGACGAUGCCUGGAGAUCUGCUCCCCCCCAAGGCCGGCAGCAAGUCGAACCUCUUCGAUCGCUUGCAGACCACCCCUAAAGAUGUUGCUGAGGGAAUUCGCACGCCCAAGCGGCAGCACUCUUCGCGUUUCGACAUCUCCGACCAGAGCAAACGCGAAUUGGAGAAGCUCCCUGGGUUCCACGAGGUCGCACCCAACAAGCGGGAGGAACUCUUCAUGCAGAAAAUCGAUCAAUGCAACAUCAUCUUCGACUUCAAUGACGCCAGUGGAGAUAUGAAGUCCAAGGAAAUCAAGCGCCUGGCCCUGCACGAGUUGCUCGAUUACGUCGCCAACAACAGACAAGUCAUCACGGAGCGCAUGUAUCCUCGUGUCGUCGAAAUGUUCGCCAAGAAUCUCUUCCGCCCUAUCCCUCCGCCCAUGAAUCCCCAAGGCGAGGCCUUCGACCCCGAGGAGGAUGAGCCCGUUCUUGAAGUUGCUUGGCCGCACAUUCAAGUUGUCUAUGAGUUCUUCCUGCGCUUCAUCGAGAGCCAGGAUUUCAACACCAACAUCGCUAAGCAAUACAUCGACCACGGGUUCGUUCUUCAGCUGCUCGAGCUAUUCGACUCCGAGGAUCCCAGAGAGCGCGAUUUCCUCAAGACCACCCUUCACCGCAUUUACGGCAAAUUCCUCAACCUCCGAUCCUACAUUCGGAGAUCGAUCAACAACGUAUUCUUCCAGUUCAUCUACGAGACUGAGCGCUUCAAUGGUAUCGCGGAAUUGCUGGAAAUUCUCGGGUCUAUUAUCAACGGCUUCGCUCUGCCGCUCAAGGAAGAGCAUAAGCUCUUCUUGACCCGUGUUCUGAUUCCUCUUCACAAGGUGAAGAGUCUUAGCAUGUAUCACCCGCAGUUGGCCUACUGUAUUGUCCAGUUUUUGGAAAAGGAUGCUGCUUUGACCGAGGAGGUCGUGCUCGGCCUCCUCCGUUACUGGCCUAAGGUGAACAGCACCAAGGAGGUAAUGUUCUUGAACGAGGUUGAAGAUAUCUUCGAGGUCAUGGAUCCUGCGGAGUUUGCCAAGGUCCAGGAACCGCUGUUCAGCCAGCUGGCCAAGUCCGUUGCCAGCCCUCACUUCCAGGUCGCCGAACGGGCUCUUUACUUCUGGAACAACGAAUACUUCUGCAACCUUGUCAGCGACAACGUUGAGGUCAUCCUCCCGAUCAUGUUCGCUCCUCUCUACGAAAAUUCCAAGGGCCACUGGAACAGGACUAUUCACGGCAUGGUGUACAAUGCUAUGAAGCUCUUCAUGGAGGUCAAUCCGCAGCUCUUUGACGAGUGCUCCCACGAAUACGCAGAGAAGCAGCAGAACGCGCAAUCGGAAGAGCAGGCUCGUAAGCAACGCUGGGAUAAGCUCGCCGAACUGGCCGCGGCGAGGAAGACCGGCUCGGUGGAUGCCAAGGCACCGCUCCCCUCCACUGGAUCCAAGGUUGGAUCUCCCAUGCGUACGGACGACCAGGACCCCUUGAGCCAGGACAGCCAACGCAGGUUAGAGGCCUUGCGGCUUCAAGACGACGCCAUGUCUAACAGGGAGCGAAGGCCCAAGGACUACGCGAACAGUCUAGAAAACCUUUCCGUUCUUACGCCGCGCUUGUACGGAUGCGAAGUCAUGUACAGACCGACUCUGUGA